AUGACAACUGCUGCCGCUGCGGACCACGAGGGGGAGCACGGGCUGGACGCGGGCAGCUGGCCGUGGUCACACAGCGGGCUGCUGGACUCGUACGACCAUGCGUCUAUCCGCCGUGGCUACCAGGUGUACAAGCAGGUGUGCGCCGCAUGCCACAGCAUGCAGUACAUCCACUUCCGCGAUCUGGUGGGCGUUGCAUACACGGAGGAGGAGGCCAAGGCCAUGGCUGCCGAGGAGGAGGUUAUCGACGGCCCCAACGACGAGGGGGAGAUGUAUGAGCGGCCCGGCCGCCUGUCGGACGGGCUGCCCGCACCAUAUGCCAACGAGCAGGCGAGCAGACGCAGAAUCCCCCAGGAGGGAGGGGGGGGGAGGCGCCCCCUGCCUGGGCUGCGCCGAGCCGCGCGCUACUCCAACGGCGGCGCCUACCCCCCGGACCUGUCCCUCAUCUGCACUGCGCGCCCCAACGGCACCAACUACGUCUUUGCGCUGCUGCUCGGCUACAAGGAGCCGCCAGCCGGCAUCUCGGUGCGUGAGGGGCUGUACUACAACCCGUACUUCCCUGGCGGCGCCAUCGCCAUGCCGCGCAUGCUGAACGAUGGCGGCGUGGAGUACGACGACGGCACCCCCUCAUCUUCCAGUCAGCAGGCCAAGGACGUGACCACGUUCCUGGCGUGGGCCGCGUCCCCAGAGCACGACGAGCGCAAGCUGGUGGGCGUGAAGGCCCUCACCAUCAUCGGCAUCAUGUGGGCAUUCGCGGUGUACCAGAAGCGCCUCAAGUGGGCGCCCCUCAAGUCGCGGCGGGUUGUGCUGGAUGUGGUCAACUGA